GGAAAACCCACUUCCCAAAUUUUCUGACACCCAGUAACCCUCUAAUUAGGGUUUUACUGGUUUUGCGAUCUUCGAACAGAGCAACCGAGCGGAGAAGAAGAAGAAGAAGAAGAAGAAGAAGAAGACGAACCAGCGGCUAAGGCGAUGAUUAGGGUGGCAGCUAAGUUGUCAAGAGCGGCCACAACCGCCGCUCGAACCGCCGUGACAGGCCUCGUUCCCCGUAAACCACCACGCAUCCUCCUCCAUGCAGCAGCAGCAGCAUCACCACCACCACCACCACAAUCUUUGAGAUCAUUCUGUACAAAUAAUGGCCCCAUUGGCAACCCAGUUGCACUUCAAAUGAUCAAUUAUGCCUUCUCUCUUGCCCGCUCCAAUAAAUCAGAUGAAUCGUACGCACAAGCUCAAUUAGUUCUGGAACAGUGCUUCUUGAUUCAACCAGAUGACAACUCCAAGGGCAUGGUCCUACUUGCAAUGUCUACCUUAUUCUAUGAAAGUGGAUUUUUCUCUGAAGCCAUUGAGAAACUGCAGAAAGUUGAAGAUCUAAGCGUCUCUUCUGUCGGUGUUAGAGUUGCUGCCACGGAAGCUCUUGUUGGACUCCAUUUAGAGUUUGGUGAGGACGAUACUGCAUCAGUGCUUGCAAAUGUAUGCAGACAACUCUUGGAUGCAAUCAAACUAGAAAUUGGUAUUGUGUAUGGCUUUGAGUUUCUAGAUGCCCAUACUAAGGCAAUUAAAGGACUAGUUGAGCUUUGCCGUGGUCAUCUUCAAUCAGCGGAGUCAUUCUUUCAAGGUGCUCAGGAGGACAAAGUUUGCGAUGGAAAUAUUGCUCUAUCAUAUGGAGAAUUCUUGCAUGUCACACGGAAUUUUUUAAUGGCAAAGGAGUUAUAUGGGAAGGUAAUUAAGUGGGGGAUACGUGAGAAUAAAGAUUUCAAUGAUCCAUAUUACUUAGCAGCUUGUAAUAUGUCCUCAGAGGAAGUUCUGUUGGCUGCUACUUGUGCAUCGGGACAGCUUGAGGCACACUUGGGGAACUUUGGUGAUGCAGAGGAGAUACUAACUAAAGCAUUAACGAUAACAGAACAACAUUUUGGAUCACAUCAUCCCAAGGUUGGGGUGGUUCUAACCUGCAUAGCUCUCAUGUUUCGGCAUAAAGCAAUGUUGGAGCAUUCAAGUUCGAUUUUGAUUCAAGAGGGACUUUAUAGAAGGGCGAUAGAUUUGCUAAAAGCUCCACCAUUGGAUGCUGAAGGUGCACAAGCAAAGUUCUUUAGAAAGGACAUAUUGGCCCUUGCAAGAGGUGGAUAUGCAGAAACAUUGUGUAUUCAACAGAAUAGAAAGGCUGAAGGAGAGAGAAUGAAGAGUUGGGCGGAGUCUGCCUGGAGAAAUCCCCGUCUGUCUCUUGCUGAAGCACUGGAUAUAUCCGAGCCUUCUUCCAAAGUGCCAGUUAUAGAUUCUCGAAUUUUCAGGGCCAUGUAGUUUCUUCCCUUUUUUUUUUGGUUGGCGUUAUUGUAUAUAUGUUCAAAUCCCGUGAAGACAAGCAGAAGCGUGUAUAUUUGUAUCUUUUUUUUUUUUUUUGAAUAAUAGCUUGCGGAUAAAUCAUGAACUAUGUAGAGGAAAUAAAGUAGUCAAAUUCAAGUUUCUGACGAUUUUUUUAGGGUUCAUUUGGACUUGUUCUAAACUAGCCAUAGUACUGUAAUGGCCAUUGUACUUUGGGUUGCAAA